AUGAGGAGUUUGGAAGUCAACUCGGGACCAGUACCCCACUUCAGCAGUGGCUCACAGGACCUGGAAAGCCGUAUGAGGAGUUUGGAAGUCAACUCGGGACCAGUAUCCCACUUCAGCAGUGGCUCACAGAACCUGGAAAGCCGUAUGAGGAGUAUGGAAGUCAACUCCAGUAUCCCACUUCAGCAGUGGCUCACAGGACCUGGAAAGCCGUAUGAGGAGUUUGGAAGUCAACUCGGGACCAGUACCCCACUUCAGCAGUGGCUCACAGGACCUGGAAAGCCGUAUGAGGAGUUUGGAGUCAACUCAGGGACCAGUACCCCACUUCAGCAGUGGCUCACAGAACCUGGAAAGCCGUAUGAGGAGUAUGGAAGUCAACUCGGGACCAGUACCCCACUUCAGCAGUGGCUCACAGGACCUGGAAAGCCGUAUGAGGAGUUUGGAAGUCAACUUGGGACCAGGAGUGGCUCACAGGACCUGGAAAGCCGUAUGAGGGAGUUUGGAAGGAACCACCAGUAUCCCACUUCAGCAGUGGCUCAGAACCUGGAAAGCCGUAUGAGGAGUUUGGAAGUCAACUCAGGACCAGUACCCCACUUCAGCAGUGGCUCACAGGACCUGGAAAGCCGUAUGAGGAGUUUGGAAGUCAACUCAGGACCAGUAUCCCACUUCAGCAGUGGCUCACAGAACCUGGAAAGCCGUAUGAGGAGUAUGGAAGUCAACUCAGGACCAGUAUCCCACUUCAGCAGUGGCUCACAGGACCUGGAAAGCCGUAUGAGGAGUUUGAAGUCAACUCCGGGACCAGUACCCCACUUCAGCAGUAGCUCACAGGACCUGGAAAGCCGUAUGAGGAGUUUGGAAGUCAACUCGGGACCAGUACCCCCACUUCAGCAGUGGCUCACAGAACCUGGAAAGCCGUAUGAGGAGUAUGGAAGUCAACUCAGGACCAGUACCCACUUCAGCAGUGGCUCACAGGACCUGGAAAGCCUUCUUUCUAUUCUUUAUUUCUGUUUCUUUUUCUUCAAUUAUUAUAAUAAUGUUUGUCGCUUUCUUUGUUUCUUUCUUUCUACCAUGAUUUUUUUUUAUUUCAAAAAGUUUAUUUUCUAUACAUUUUGUAUUAUUUUUUUUAUUUUUCUCUUAACUUUCUUUUACAUUUCCUCUCUCUUGUUUCUUUAUUCUUCCCUCAACUUUUUCACAUCUGUUCUUUUAUCCUUCUGUCUUUCUUUUUCAUUUUCCCUCAUAGCAUUUUCUUUCCCGUCUUCCUUGCCCUUACUUUCCCCAUUUUCCUUUCUUUCACGUGUCUCUUAUAGUUGUUUCUUUAUGCGUAUUGAUCAGUUAAUGGUAACCGAUCUUUCUGAUAUUUGCAGAGAAUAUUUUUCUUUAUCUCAUCAGAAUCUCGAUCUACACUUCAUUGCUUCCGACUUUUGUGAUUAUCUUUACUUAUCCACCAGCCAUUUUUUUUAUCAGCCAAUCUACGUGCUUUGUUUCCCUGCCAAACAGACCAACACUCCGCCUUGUCUGUCUCGCCAGCCUAUCGUCCUUCCGUCUGUCUACUAG